UUUAAUAUUUGAUUUUUCCAUCCGGUCAAAAUCAAAAUGUUAAAAUUGCAUAAUAUUUGAACUGUUCAGAUUCUUAAAAAUGGUAAUGGUUAUUCGGUUAAACCCUGGUUCUGAUUAGUUCAAUACCGGUUCUACGUAGAAGAAGUUUUAAGUUUGGACUGCACAAGCUGAAUGACUACCGUCAAACCUGCCGGUCCGAUCUAAUUUUGAAAACCAUGGUUAUAACAAUAAUUAUACAUUAAAUUUGAAAUUCUAUAAAUUCUUUUUGUCAAAUAAUAUAAAUGCUUCCUCAGUUGAACAAACGGAAACAAUUUCAAUGCAUUCAGUGUACGGUUGCUCCAAAAUUCUCUGAUGUAGUUAAGUCCAACGUGGAAACAGGUCUAAGGACAUAUUCAUAAUAAAAAGUUAACGACUAUAAUUCCAAUGCGUAAAUACAAAGAAAUCACUUAAAUUUUAUGUAAUGCAAAGAAUGUAAAUACAAAGAAAUUUUAUUGCAUGCAACACUUAUCCAUCGCAACAUUAAUGAUUUUUCUUAUUCACGAUCUGUUGAAAAGUAAGCAUUUAUAUGGCCAAGCAAGAUCUCAUUUCUGUGAAAGCUACCCUUCAGAUUCAGGAGCAGACUAUAAUUCAUAAAUUACUGAGUGUCGAUUGGGCUUAUAGGAUUGUAAAGACAAAAUUCUUGAAGAAAAUGCUUAUGAACCUCUUUUAAGUUUUAAGAAACUUUCACUAUCUUCAUGAUGAAAAUUCAAUGUUUUCAUCAUUGAAUGCUUGUAAAGACGGUUCCCGUUCCUAUUCCAAUAUUCCUAUUCCAAAGCUCCAAUGGACAAGCACACGCCAGAGGUGACUAUCCAGUGUCCGGUAAUUAAUGAACACACUCUUUGGAUUCCCCAGCCAACGGCGCUAGUCUUCUACACAGUUAUAUAUUGAAAGGCAAAGGUGCUUUAUCUGCAUUACAGAUCUCGCGGUACACCAUGUCCAAGGUAACGGUCACAUUUUUGAUUGAUAGAGAAGAGAAGCGUGUUGUAUGUGCCGAAGCUGGAAGUGAUUUCGUCGAUGUUUUAUUUAGCUUUCUAACUCUUCCACUUGGAAGCAUUGUUCGACUUUUGGGUAAACAAUCUGGGUGGGGAUCUCUAGAUAGUUUGUGCCAGAGCGUUGAGCAGUUGGACAUCAAGCACUUCCAGACCGAUGCAUGCAAGAAAAUGCUUCUCAAUCCGCGAAGUGCGGCAGCAUUAACUUGUGAGGACCUAAAGGUUAAAAAUAUAUUUGCUGGUAAUCCAAGGAUGUCCUACUACUGUGAAGAAACUUUAUCCUUAAUUCAAUCAGUAAGUCAAACAGUUUUCCAGCAAGAAAGAACAUGUCGAUGCCACCGCUGUGGCAAACUUAUGAAUAAAUGUUGUUUCCACAUGAAUAAGAUAUCAGAAUGUGGAGGAAUCUUUGUUAACGAAAGAGUAAAUUUUUUGAUAACUGAUAAUCUACGGGUGAUACCUGCUUCUUUGAAGGGGGGCUGCUCACUUUUUAAGGAAUUGCAAAUUACAGAUUCAAGUAUAAUGGAGAAGAAGUUAAUACAUUUCGGCACAGAAGAGUACACUGAACUUGUUGAGAAAGCUAUUAGUAUCCAAGAAUCCAUUGACAGAGAUUUGCUUCCCUGAUGCUUGUUUAGUAUCCAAGAGUACAUUGACGGAGGUUUGCUUCCCCGAUCCCUGUACGCAAGCAGGUGUAAAUUGCACUUAAGCGAUUAAACAGGAGUUGAACGUGAAUGAAGAAGACAGUGAAAUUACCUUAAAUCUCAUCUUGACAGAGAAACCAACAGUGUUAUAUAUGCCGAUGUUGGGACAGAUUUUGUCAAUCAACUUUUGAGCUUUCUCACAUUUCCACUCGGUUCUGUGCCUAGACUUCUUUCUAAUAACAUAUCAAAGCUAGGAGGUUGCAUCAAUAAUCUAUAUUCAUCAGUGGAUAAUAUGAGUCAGAAAACUGCAGAAACUAAGCAGCUGUAUUUAAGUUAAGUAUUAAGUUAUGCUGUAGAUAAAGGAUUUGUAAUAUUAAAUUA